CCUCCCUCUCCCUUUCCUUACCCCUCUCAACUUCUUCCUCUUUCUGUCAUUUCCAGGUUUCCACUUGGUCACUGCAGACACUAUGCUCUCUCUCAGCUCUCUCCCCAGCACCGUUGUCCCCAGCCUUCCCUCCUCUCCAGGGGGCUGUGCUACUGGAGGACCGAGGGCACAGUCCUCCAGACAGGAGGUGGCGCUGUUCCAGACCCUGCAGGAGGCUCUGAGGGAGAUCGACCUGCCUGAAACACAGGACCUGCCACAGAGUAUGAGUCACUCUGAGAUGUGCAUCUGUGUUUUGGGAUCCCCACUCCCCUACCUCUCUCUGCUGUUAGAGGCAGGCCAACGGAGCCCAGGAGAUGCUCUCCUGUGUCUCUGUCCAUCCUGGCUCUCUCGCUCCUCCUCCCUCCUGGUCCACAAGGCUGUCACCUUUGACCUGGGAGGGCGCACUUUCCUAUCCAACUUCAACCCGCCUCGCAGGGUCACCUACUUCCUGUCAUCUGACCCGUGGGCUAAGGAGGAAAUGACCCGAGAGACAGACUGCCCAAGCGGAGGUUCUGGAGCACUGGGUCAGUUCUGGGGGAAUGUUCUGACCACCAGGGUUCUGCUGCAGAAGGCCAAGAUCCACUGCCCCCCAACCCUGGCCCUUCUGUUACCACCGGGGCAGAUGAGGCUGGAGGAGGGCAGGACAGGAGGGGUGGAGGUGGUGCACCUGGAAAUGGGAGCAGAGGAAGGGAUGAACUCUGUCAGAAACAAGGUGGACACUUUCCUGGAGUCUGAGAAUAUGAGGGGAUCAGAGAGGGUGGUGCUCAGGUGCAGUGGGGGGAGGUUCGUGGGCGAGGCAACCUCACCCCCCAUCUACCUGUCGAGGAACAGCAGGGAUGAGGUCUGGGCCAAGGUGAGUUAUCUCCUGCCCAAACUCCUCCCUGGAGAGGCAGUGCUGCUCGAGGCCUACUGCUCCCCACUGAAGCCUGGGCCACGGGUAGAGGACCGCACCUGGGAACAGUACACCGACUGCAGGCCUCAGGUUCCAGACCUGUCCUUCAGACUGUGUGCCAUUGUAACUCGCUCACCUCUGGACCUGCCUCUCCUCUACAAGUUGGUGUGUAGAGUGGGUGUGUCCGAUGACCCUCUCUCUCACAGCCACUCCCUCUCUCAGUCUUUGGAGACCACCCUAUUAGAGUGCGGUUUCACUGACCCUACCAUGGCGAAAUCUCUCUGCCGUCUAGCACUGGACACCGCCCUGUCCUGCCUCUGUGUUGUCAUGGAAACAGAGUCAAGCAUGUCCGCAGAACAACGCGGUGGAGCGGGUGCCCAGACCGACAUGAUAGGCGUGGACCUCCUUUUCACCAUGGAUGGCUCCAUCAUCAGGCCUGUUAUUUUGGGCCUCCAUCCCUCCCUCUGUCUCCACUCCUCCUUCCAAGAGCGAGGGAUGGGGAUGGAGGGAUGCAACAGUGGGAUAGAGGGGUGGAGUAGGGGCACCCUCCUCCUCACCCCUCUCACCCGCUCCCAGUACUACCUGAUGCAGGGGAAAACUGUGCUGGUGGUGGGAGCUGGAGGACACAGUAAGAAGUUCAUCUGGAAAACAGCCAAACAGUACAAACUCAAGAUCCUGCUGGUGGACAGUGACCCUGCCCACUUCGCCUCCCAGUUGGUCGACCACUUCCUCCCCCUGCCAGACCUCCCCGACCAUCGGCGUGACGACCAGCACUGCUCCCGCAUCUGUGAUUGGCUGUUGUCCUCCAGCCUCCGCCCUGACGGCUGCGUGUGCUUCUGGGACGAAUGCGUGGUGCUGACAUCGCUGGUCUGUGAUAGGCUGGGGCUCAGGGGCCCUCCCCCUGAGGCCAUCCGCAUUGCGAAGGAGAAGAGCCGCACCCACAGGCACCUCCUGGGCCCUCCUCUCCUCUCUCCCUCCCCUUCCUCCUAUGCUGUUCCCUGUAUCCACGUGGAGAGCACCCUGGAUCUGGAGAAGGCAGCCAGUGGGGGGGAGGGGGGGCCUGGUGGGGCCAGUGUGGGGGUGGUGAGGUUCCCAGCGGUGAUGAAGCUGGAGUACGGUGCGGGGGCGGUGGGCGUGAGGAAGGUAUGCUCUCUGGAGGAAAGUCUGGCACACUUUGAGAGGAUCGGCGGGGACCUCCGCGAGGAGACAGACUACCCUGGCAUCGGCCUGGGCUGGGGCAACGCCAUGAUCCUCAUGGAGUACGUGGGAGGCACCGAGCACGACGUGGACGUGGUCCUGUUCGAGGGGAGACUGGAGGGCGCCUUUGUGUCCGACAACGGCCCCACGCGCACCCCGGCCUUCACCGAGACGGCCGCCCAGAUGCCCUCGGGGCUGGCGCAGGACAAGCGUGCUCAGCUGAUCCGCGCAGCACACCACGCAUGCCUGGGCUGUGGCCUGCGAGACGGUGUGUUCAACGUGGAGCUGAAGAUGACAGAAGUGGGCCCGAGGCUCAUAGAGAUCAACGCCCGCAUGGGCGGCUUCUACCUGUGCGACUGGAUCCGCCAGCUGUAUGGCGUGGACCUCCUGAUGGCGGCCUUCAUGGUGUCCUGUGGGGUGCGUCCCUGCCUGCCCUCGGCCACAGCCCUCCCAGCCAGAGGCCACUUUGCUGGGGUGAUGGUGGUGGUGUCACGGCACCUCCAUGCCCUGAGGACCACAGCCAGCCCUGAGCGCCUGAGAGGGCUCCACCAGGAGGGGGCGUUGUGGCUGAAUGAGCUGGCGGAGGAGGAUGAAUUGAUCUCUGGUGAGUACGAGGAGCCCUUCUGUAAUGUCGGGGUGAGAGAUGCCCACAAUGCCACCAACGCUCGCCAGCGCCUCCUCGCCCUCUGCCAAGGACUGGGCCUGCACUGUCCUCCACGCUACGACCUGGGCUACUUCCUGUCCCAUUUCAACUAGACAGGAACUCAGGGGGGAGAAGCAGGGUUUGUUCAGGAGGGUGCCACAUUUACAUUUGAAUCACAGAUCAAAAUAAUACAAAGAGCUGAAACGAUUCCUUACUCUGCAGAAUUAUAUAUAUUAUAUUCCUGCCUGAAUGUUUGUUCAUUACAUUGGACCCUUCUGAAUAGAACCCAUGUUUAGCAAGGCUGUGCUGUGUGCAGGGGUUAGUUUAGUUAGCUUAAAAGGUACUUCACAGGAUGAACAAACACUUCUCAUAUCAAAACACAAUAUGUUAUCUCAAAAUUGCAAAUUCAGGGACUAAUCAUUCAGGUAGCAGAACCUUUCCAUUUUUAGCACUUAUAUUUUGGGGACCAUCUCAGGAAUAAAAUACAAGUUUCGAAAAGAUAUCUUCAUCAGUGAUUGGGUAGAAUAGGAUAUGGGUGUCUAUCUAUCUUGAAUUUAACAUUAAAAUAUGGAAAAACUUAUGGAAAAGCUUCUACUUUUCAGUUUAUUGACAAGUCAUAAAAUAAAUAGAGGCCCUUUGUCCAAUUAUUGAAUUGGAAUUUCAGUUUACUUCCUGAAUUGACAGCCUUCAUUUCAAAUCAACCUCAACCCUGUUAUCUACUAGGUUGUGGCAUCAGCAGUCUACCUUACUACAUCAUAACGUAGUAGGCUGCACACUGUGAACACAGCAGUUGUUAAUAACCUGCACACUGUGAACACAUAGCAGUUGAUUAAUAACCUGCACACUGUGAACACAUAACAGUUGAUUAAUAACCUGCACACUGUGAACACAUAACAGUUGAUUAAUAACCUGCACACUGUGAACACAUAGCAGUUGAUUAAUAACCUGCACACUGUGAACACAUAGCAGUUGAUUAAUAACCUGCACACUGUGAACACAUAACAGUUGAUUAAUAACCUGCACACUGUGAACACAUAACAGUUGAUUAAUAACCUGCACACUGUGAACACAUAACAGUUGAUUAAUAACCUGCACACUGUGAACACAUAACAGUUGAUUAAUAACCUGCACACUGUGAACACAUAACCGUUGAUUAAUAACCUGCACACUGUGAACACAUAACAGUUGAUUAAUAACCUGCACACUGUGAACACAUAACAGUUGAUUAAUAACCUGCACACUGUGAACACAUAACAGUUGAUUAAUAACCUGCACACUGUGAACACAUAACCGUUGAUUAAUAACCUGCAAACUGUGAACACAACAGUUGUUAAUAACCUGCACACUGUGAACACAUAGCAGUUGAUUAAUAACAUAUACACUGUGAACACAGCAGUUGAUUAAUAACCUGCACACUGGACACAGCAGUUGAUUAAUAAGUUGCACACUGUGAACACGUAGCAGUUGAUUAAUAGCUAAAUGACUUAAAUGUAAAUGUAAAUGUAAUAACUUGCACACUGUGAACACGUAGCAGUUGAUUAAUAACUUGCACACUGUGAACACGUAGCAGUUGAUUAAUAACUUGCACACUGUGAACACGUAGCAGUUGAUUAAUAACCUGCACACUGUGAACACAUAGCAGUUGAUUAAUAACAUAUACACUGUGAACACAGCAGUUGAUUAAUAACCUGCACACUGGACACAGCAGUUGAUUAAUAACUUGCACACUGUGAACACGUAGCAGUUGAUUAAUAACUUGCACACUGUGAACACGUAGUAGUUGAUUAAUAACCUGCACACUGUAGACACAAGGCAGUGCAGGGUUGGAACAGGUGGGAGGGGGAGUAAUAUUACACAUGCAGUAGGUCAGAGUGUCAUUAGCUAAAUAGUUAUAUGAAGGAAGAGCAGAGGAAAAUUGCAGAUUUUGAGGAAGGGGGUUUGAGGAGAGCAGUGGAAUAGCUGAAACAGGUGGACAGGGGUGGCGAUUGCGGGACCUUUUAACUCUUGGCCCAGACAUGAUGUAUGCGGGGCCAGUGCGUUUGAACUUUUGGGAAAAUGUAGAAUUUAGGAAUGCAAACUGCCAUACAUGUGAAGUUAGAGGUCAUAUGAAAGUUCAUGUCUUAAUUUAAAAGGUUGAAGUGAAAUGUUGUUCCCCCCAAAAUAACUCUCUAACUAAAGGUGUAUGGAAAUGGGGAUUGAAUUCCACCACAUAUUUACACCAAUUUUAGCCCAUAAAACAAAGUGCGUUAUUUUGUAAAUGAGAAAUAAUUUGAGGCAGUUUCACCGUUGCAAUCCUCUUGACCCUCUUGACCCUGGCAGUUAAUGUCUGUAGUGUGGCAUUUGGGGUCUGGUGUCAGACUGACCCAGUAAGCAGGGUGAAACUGAGAUGCCAUACGUAUCCUGGCCACACCACACAACCCCCCAGACAGGGUUUACAGUGGUCAAAAGGUUGUGGAUUUCCCAUAUCUUCUGUUUCUAUUUGUUUAUGUAUUUCUGAUGUAACAUUUGGGAAAAUAUAGUAAACAUAUAUUUUGUACCUUUAUUUAACUAAGCAAGUCAAGUAAGAACGACUCUGGGCCAAUAGGGCGCCUCACCAAUCCCGGCCAGAUGUGAUACAGCCUAGAUUCUAACUAGAGAUUGUAGUGACACCUCUUGCACUGAGAUGCAGUGCCUUAGACAGCUGCACCACUCGGGAGCCAACACUUCUGGCUUUUACUCAAAAAGGAGGUGUGAGAGGAAAGUUAAAGAAUAAAACAUCCUAUCAAGAUUACAUCAUUAAAACCAAAGAAUAUGUCAAUGACGGUUUCAAUGAUCUGUGCCCUAUUAAACAAACACAAUACCCAGGCCAGCGACCUCCCUAAAAAAGGGCUCUACUGCAGGUCAGCAUGGGGCAUAUUAGGCUGUGAAAACAAAAUGAUUGACUGCAGCCUCUAUUCAACCACAGCAGUGUGUUGUGGCUCGCCAUUUGCUCUAAACAUGUUGACAAUAAUGUUAGCUCAAUGCUCACACAAACCUAAAUGGCCAGAUGAUAUGCGUUGUUGUUGUUGUACUCAUCGUUCAGCACUUAAAACACCCAGUAAUUCACCUUAUCUUCAGCACCACUCACUAGCGGUGAAUCGAAUGGUCAUAUAUGGCUGCUUCAGGUUAUGGCAAAAGAUGAGCCUGUAGUUCCUCAUUGACAGACCACGAAUCCUGAUCAGGACUUCAGUAGCUAAGCUGCAGAGGAGAAAGGAGAGAGAGUGUUUGAAAGAAGCUGCUUACUUAGUUAGAUCAAAGUUUUUAUAUUAUAUUGACAAGAUAGUUGAGUGACCUCUCAAACAAUGGAAAUACAAGUCCUCAAGGUGGAAGGCAAGAUUAGGUGGGACCAUUCUAGGCUGUCUAGAUGGGAUACAAUUUAUGUUAGAAUUUACUUUUCGUAUCAGGUUAGGAGAAUUUACGCAGCAGGUUAGGAGAAUUGGGGUAAGCGUACCUACGAAGCCCACGUCUUUCUUUGGAUUUUUUAAAAUAAAAAAUACAUUUCCUGCUGUUUAAUGAUGCGACUAAUUCAUCUGGUUGUUAUUUCCAUACAUUUUCCGGUUCUAAACCAGUCCAAUGUUUUAUUAUUAAAUUAUUAACAAUGUGUAAGGUCACACUAGUGGCCAAUUUCAAAGUUGCAAAAAAAACGUUGGUGUUGAAGCAAGGGUUGGAACGGAAAUAAUUUUCCAAUCGUUUCAUUCUGAACAGAAUCACUAUGUUUUUUUUGUUUCCUUCCACUGUUCGGACCAGCAAAAGAAUGUCCUGAACCGAUUCGAACCCCCAAAAUACUGGAUUAUAUCGUUCCUUUCUGUUCCAUUUUUAGCCUGUGAAAUCAACCGUGUUUUACAUUUAGCUCAUUAAAUUACUUCGCCAAUCAGCGCGGAUAGAGCAGGCAAGCUAGUUGUUUACACGCGUGAUGUACAGACAACUGUAGUUUACAUCGCAAAAUGCGACUGAAAUUGUGUGGGUGGGGAGAGAGAGAGAGAGAGAGAGCAAGAGAGGGUUGAGGAGGAGUCCAAGGAAUUGUACCUAGGAGGAGCGGCUUCUAUGGAGGAACUUUGAAUGUCUUUUGAGCUAGCUAGCUAACACGCGUGUGUGUGCAGAGCAGCACCAGAAUUAAAAACACGUCUUACCUUUUUGUAGUUAAUAAAUCCAAUGUGAAAUGUGAUAACUAGCAUUGAAAAAUUUGAUCCAUUCUUAUUUAGUUAUUUUAUGGUUUUCGGUUCUGUUACCUGAACUGGUUUCAACCACAGAUACAAUGUUUACAGUUACACAUUGUUUUACAAAUAUACAGUAUGUGUAACGGAUGUGAUCCGUUACAUAUGCAUCAUAAAUCAUUUCACCACAUGAGAGCAAUGGUGAACAAAGCCUUAAUAUUAACAUAUGUUUAAUCUCGGUUACCCAGAAGUAGAAUUCUCUCAUGAAAGUUUGUAAUUUCCUGUAACGAGAAUCAGUCCACGAGAUAUUAACACAGAUUUAAAGGGAUUUUUCUGUUGACUAUAAACAAUAGCUCAUGUGGAAAUGUAUUUUCCUUAUUAACAAAGUUUUAAAA